GCUUGCCAAAACGUUGUCAUGUAUCAAGGGUCGAUGUAAAAUCAAUGGGUGCACUGCUGUGGUUCUUCAAGGUCAGAUCAGCAGAACAAUCCAGUGUUUAAAGAUAUUUAUCAUCUACUUGAAUAAAAUCAAUUUAUAACUACUGCGUGAUUUGCGUUACUUCGUUGUAUCCAACAAUAUUAGUUCUUCAGUUGCACCGCCCACCUCAAGACCAGUAACACUGAUGGAUACUUUGACAAAAAAUCAUAAGAAUAUCGAGAAUUACACUAUUUUCUAGAAAUAUCUACAUUUUUUCAUAAUCAGUUUAAUUUACAAGGUUUUAUUACCUAUUGACUAUAAUCAUGAAUGCGCAACAUCAGCUCAGUGCUGACUAGUCAAACAAUAGUUUGCAUACGUCCUUCAAUUGAUGACCAGUCGGUGUGGUGUCACAGCUGAUCGCCUGGUCAACACUUUCACAUCACUCGUGGCUGUAUGACCAAAAAACCCUGAUUCGUUUUUGAUAAUAUGCAUAGCGAAGCAAACGAGAAAACGGUUGUUUUCGAGAUAUCACUACCUGAUGACGAGGGCUGCCAUGAAUGCUCUUAUCUCGAGUUGUUUCAACAACACCUGGUACUAUCACGUAACAUGUUUAUUAUCGGUUUAUUGUUCUGUUUGGCUUUUUCUACUAUCUUUAUAUUUAUCGGUUUUAUUUUGCUUUCCGUUUUUUCUCGACCAACUAAGAUAUAUUCUGUCAUUACGACGUACUUGUUGCCCAGCCUGUUUUUAUUGGUCAGGACUUGACCUUGGGCGUGGGCGUUGUACUGCUGUGCUAACGUUGGCUAUAGACUGUUUUUAGUAAAAUAACAUGUUUUUAUUUUGAAUACAUCAGGAAUCAAUUAAUAAUCAAAAACCUGAGGAUAACCCUUUCGUAUCCAACGAAGCUGCAGAAGAAAAAAAGCUUUCUGACCUAGCUAAGGCACUCGAAAGGAAAUAUGGAACUAUGGUUACUAUGAAGAAUAGUGGAAAGCACAAGCGAGUUCGUAUAGAUGAUUUCUUGGACCCAGGAGAUGGAUACGAUACACAAGAUUCAUUUAUCGAUGAUUCCGAAGCUAUUGAUGUAUUUGUGGCCCCAAACAUCUCUACUAAGUUUGGAGGAUAUUUUGUGCAUCAAGGCAUUGUCGAAGGACUUGAAGACCAGAGUGCGAAAAUCGAGGCUCCUUGGAGUGCAAGGAUAUUGACAAAUACUAAUUCAUCUCAAAAUGUUUUAAGGAAAAAAAACAAAUCCAAAGAGCUUUUGGAUAAAGCCGUCAAACGCCUGUCAACUCCUAAUGCUUUUAAGCCUAAGUUGUUUUUGUCGGAACCCCGAAACCAAAUGCGUAAUUUAGACUCCCUAUUUGAUGAAAUUUUGUCCACACCAACAGCCUCUGAACAAGGUAGUAGCGCGAAAGGCGUUGAGAGCUUUGAGAACCCAAAUGGUAAAAAUGACUCUUCUAUCGCCACUACAAAGUCACCAUGUGACAUUGGAAAACCAAAAGUUCUUCCUGAGAAUUUACCACCGGACAUAAUAACAUGCCUGAACAACUUAACAGAGCUCAAUAAACAUGGAACAAAUCAACGUCGUACACUAGGAAAACCAUUUGAUACGGAACUACUAAAAUUGGAUAUAAAGUUGAAAGAAUUGAUGAUGAGUCAGUCUGUUAGGUCAGAUGUAUUCAGCUACUUAGAAAGUCACUUACAAUUGAAACACAAAGCUGUAAUGCGUAGACUUAAAAGAUUGAAAGAAGAUAAACAAGAACAGAGAAUGAACCCGCUAUUGGAUGCUCUUGGUGAAGCUAUUUCAUCGUCUAUGCCUCCAAUUAUUGAAAGUUAUACAAGAGAUAAAGAAGUUCACUUGGAACGUAUUAAAGCUUGGCAAACAGAAAAUUCGCAAAGCGGUUCAGAUUUAAACGAUAAUCAAGGUGUUAAUGGUUCAAGCGACGGAAACUUAUCGAAACGCCCUCCAAAACCCGGACCCCCUAAGAAAAUCUAUCGAUGGAAUACUGAAUGCAGGCAACUUUUCGAUAAAAUCAUUCUUUGCCGACUUGAGAGUUAUAAAUUGUUGAACAUCAAAGGUUCUGCUGAAGAAUAUCUGAGACGCCUUUUCCCAACUUUAAUUCAACUUUGGCCUGAUGGUUGGAUUACUAAUGCCGCAUUAUGGCGUACUGGUUUACCAAUCUUCCAAAAGUUUUGCAGCGAUAAUGGUUUGAGUAACAACAAUUCAGCAUCUCAAUCGCUUACACGACCUACGAACAACAACAACAACCACAAUAGUUCUACGCAUAUAAGUAAUGGAAGAAAUAACAAUCCGCCUUCUUCUGCAAAUACAACACCUCUUCGUGACUCUAAUGCUCUGUCACAGCAAAACUCACCUAUCGUCAUCAUACCCCAUAUUUCUUCGAAUAUUUCGGUUUCAACUGUCUCCAAAACAGUUCCCAAGGUACCCGAUCAUGUAGUAUCAAACAGUAGUCCACGUACAAGUUUACCGGUUGUUUCCAGUCCUAAAUCUAGCCCUCAUUUAGUUCCUGUCACAAGACACUGUCAAUCGCUUUCUACAGCUCACUCACCCACACAACAAAUUAAUCGCCCCAAUUUUCGAAUUACCCCAUCUUCAGUUGCUCAAAGUUCAAUUAAUUCGAAAACUGUAAAUACUAAGACUCCAGUAACUGUUUGUGUGGAUACUGUAACUUCUCGCUUCUCGUAUGUCGUUCAAUCAACCACAGCAUCUAUAUCUCCAAAUUCACUAGUAGUUCCUGUGGCAACCUCAACAUCUCAAAAUUCACACUUAAAUCGAACACCUGUUUUACAGAAUGAAGCUAUUAUAGGUCGAACGGCUAUUCCGGGUGUACCUCUGCGUCUUGUUUCAUCCAGUUCUUCUAAUCCUGCAACCACCAUUUUAGUGUCCAAGGCGGUACAGCUUAACUCAGAACAGGGCAAAUCUACAGUGAUCAAUCCAGUAGCUAUGAAAAGACAAUCUUAUCCUCACUGUCAAUCUUCACAACAAGCUCCCACUACUCAAAUAAAGGUUAAUGAUCUUGGAAAGUCAAUGAUUUCUGUUAGUGAUGGUUUCCCGAAACCGUGUGCACCAAACGUCCCAUCGAAUUUCCCCCAUGAUUCAAAUAAGUUUAACCAGCAAAUUGCCCAUCAGUCUGCAGCUGUCGCUCUAUCUAGCCAACAGAUUGACCAACUACAACAUCGCGCAUUGUCUAGUACUGGCAGAGUGGGAUUGAAUUUAAAUCCGACACUAGGUGCGGCAUCAGCUCUCCUCUUUCCCCCACAACCUCCUCCUGCUCAUCAAUCUAAAUACCAGAGCUUGUCUUCACAGAAAGAGGAUUCUAGAGAAAAUAUUAUUGGGAGCAUACCUUCUGCUCAUUCUAGUAACAACCAGAAAUUAUGAUAAAACUCUUGUGUCAGCUUGUGAAUUUAUUAUGUAAACAUUCAGGCGAGUUGUUUGAAAAACGUCUUAUUUUGAAUUGGUUUACUUUAUUUGUUGUGACAGUUAUUGUAAUUCCGAUGUUCUUGGUACCGAAUAGAAUUUCAAUCAACUUAGCAAUUACUGACAAUUUUUGUGGUAUCCGCUAAUAGAUUUAUUACUUUAGCAAUCUGUGGAUUUGAGUAUUAUCGUGUUUUUUUAAAACUGUGAUGCUAAUUUAGUCAAAGUCGUAUAUUUGUGUGAAUUGCGAUUCAAAAACCAUGAUCUUUUACAGAGGUCUCUGACAAUAAGGACUUCUAUCGUUCUAAUGAUAAUGAAUGUUUUUGCGAUGACAUUUGCAGACUCUCAAAGACCAAAGAAGUAAUAAUUUAAUGACACUUCAAUCAAUACUAAAGAGUUUAUAUGAAAAAAAAACAAUCAAAUGUUUCUGCACGAGAGCUUUUCUAUUUUGAGAAGAAACAAUUGUAUUUAAAAACAGCAAUCAUAGACAAUUUUGAAUGUAACCUUAGGGACUUUCCAGAAAUUUUUCUAGACAUUACUACCAUUAAGACCAGUCGAUGAAAAAAACUCACUUUUGUGGAGACAGUUUUGUCACAACUGACCUCCAUUAACUGGUGUUAAAUGUGUUUGUCGUGUUACGUACAGAAAUGUCCUCCAAGAGUAUCAAAUCGAAUAUAUAUAUAUAUAUCCACCACAUACUAUAAUUAGACAGUAUAAUUGAGUAUCAUUCGCUGCAUAGCUCAUGAUAAGAGCUUUACAUCGUCUUGCGGCGUAAAGUAUUUCGGAUUAUUUUAUAUUUCUUUUGUUAACUUACGGUGAAUUCCAGUAACAAGCUUUCUGUUAACUUUGUUUUUCAGAUGAAUCCUGUUUUCAAUUUUAUUGAUGACUAAAUAUGUCUGCCCCUUUGUAUGUAUUGAUUAAUUGGGACAUAUGCAUUUAUAUUGGACAUUUUAGAUUAAUUAUUACUACUUCCAUCAUAGUUAUCAUUGCAGCGGUUCUUAUCGUUUUCUUUUCCAAUUGUUCGACGUUUCUCACCUAAUCCAUCAAUCAUUCGUUAAAUUGAUUUCAUUUGAACUUUUCUUUUUCACCGUGUGUAUCGUAAUUUCUUUCAAGCGUUUCUUAUUCUGAAUGUACUAUAUGUAUGGAUUCUCCUAACUCUGCUAUUUCUUUUUUCAGCAAAAUGCUUUCUAGGUUAAUAAUCGAACAAUCUCUAUGUUUUCUCAUUGACAUUAGGGUCGAUACUUUGUUCGCUUCCUAUAUUUUAAAAUGUUCUCUUCCGUCUUCUAACUUAUAAUGAAAUCCAAAGUAAUUAUUUUCUUACUGUAUCUCUUUUUAAUGUCUCGUUCAAAAAACAUGCUAUUAUUACUUAUCAGUGUGUAAAUCGUUUGGCAUGGCUAAAUAAGUUUAUACACAUCUGUAGCUAAUAAAAUCCUGUAACCUGAAAUAUAUAUAUAAUUGUAAUUACAAUUACUUAGUAUUGCCGUUAUGACAAUUUGGGUAAACUUAUUAAAUGUUUUUAUUCAUAUCAUUUCUACGUCUUGUAGAGUGUGCAUAAAAAGCAAAUUGUUGAUGGAUUAGUGAGUUUUUCUUUUAUCUAAUAUCACCUAAGUAAAAUAAAUAAUGAAAUCCAGUGUGGUAAAUAGAUUAGGUCUAAUUUUCAUUGAACACUACAAAUUAUGCAGUGGGGGUAAUCAAAUGAC